CGUUCCAGUGAGAGAGAUAUAGCUUGUCUCGCACAAGUCGGAGCAGCCCUCUUUUAUCGAAGCUCCACUUAAAGAAUACAAGGCUCGUGUGAUCUCUAGAAACAGCUCUUCGCGAGACACGCCUACGAAGAAAGAAGGUAACGUCUACACGAGAUAGAGGUGUGCGUGUUAUGUAUAUGGAAAAAUCGUGAGAAGUGAAGCGUGUACGCACAGGGGGCGACUCCUUUGCGGGUUGUGUUAUCAGGCUCGCAUACCCUUGGGUUUUGCGUCUACCUUCAGCCCCAGAGCUGACGACGGCGACGACGCUGCUAUCAGACAGCACUUGAGAAUCUCACAUGUGUGUAAUCUGAAGCCUCUUGGAAAAGGUCCUGCACUAGCGAUAUGCAGAGGCGUUGCGUGGAUAUAAACGUAGAAUACCUUAAGCGCUGUUUAUAUAUGACGCUUGGUUUGAAGAGGAUUGACGAUUAUGACGUUCGUGCGCGUUCUACUCACAGCAAGAGUGUGACAGGUUGGGUCAACCGCGUUCUACGUGGCACAGUGCAAGUGUGAUGCGGACGAAAAGAGAAGGGCGUGUCUAGAACGAGGUAGAGAGAUGAAGGAAUAUCCCAGUAUUGAAGCGGGGCUGUACGAAGUGCAGGGAAGGAGGGAGACCAUGGAGGACACGCACGUAAUGUUCGAGGAUCUGAAGGCAGUCCUGGACGCCGUACCCGACCAUACGGCGUUCUUUGGAGUCUAUGAUGGACAUGGAGGAGUGGAUGCAGCGAAACUUUGUAGAGAUUACUUGCACAGGAAGAUUGUGGAGGCGCCGGAGUUUCGGUUAGGGAGGAUAGAAGAUGCGAUUCGGGUUGGGUUCAGGGAGACGGACGAAUUGAUUGUGAUGAAGAGUAACGAGAAUCAAUGGAUGAAUGGGUCGACUGGCGUGAUUUUAUUAUUGAUGGAGAGGAGGCUGUACGUGGCGAACGUUGGCGAUUCCGAGGCGUCCUUGGUGGAAUUGAAUGAUAAUGGCGAAAUGGACUAUACAAUUCUGACAAAGAUUCAUCGCGCGAGCGACCCGAAGGAGAAGAUGAGGAUCGAAUCGCUAGGCGGACAUGUUUUCUUCAACCGUGUGUUUGGUUCGCUGGCUGUAUCGAGGUCUUUUGGAGACAGCCGAUUCAAAGUGCCUAAGACGUCUCAGAAUUUCGUGUCUUGCGAACCUUCGAUCGGUCAGUUUGAACUGACGACCAGAAGCAGGUAUUUGGUGAUAGCGUGCGACGGAUUGUGGGACGUGAUGAGCCAUUACGAAGUGGCGAAAUUUGUCCAGAACCGUCAUCUUGAAGGGAGAGGAGCAACUCAAAUAGCGACUGAUUUGGUAGAGGAGGCGUUAAAAAAGAAAACAGAGGAUAACGUUACAGUUUUGGUUGUCAUUCUGAAUUGGGAUCAUGAGGAGACUUCUACUGGUUCUAUAGAAGAGAAAAUUCCCGAUGCUCAACCUCAUGAUGACGUGCUCGAUUCCUCUUCUGUUAUGGAAGAGUCGAAGGCAUAGUUCGUUUUUUGGGAAACAAAAAAAAAUUGUUCGAGAAAAAAAGGCGGUCCUAUCUUCUCACGGACUUUUGCUAUAUGUAGAGCCUGCUGAGUAAACGCAAAAACAUUGUUUGAA